UAAUAACCAAAAUAAAGCCAAUUCUGUCAAUCAAUAUUUACACAUCCUUUGGUUCCAAACCUUCUAUACACACAUUUUGUUUCAUUAAAAACUGUUUGAAAAGAAAGUCCAUCAAACAUGCCGCUUCCACCAGCCCUUCUUCAAAAGCUUGCGAAACGAGGAUUGGUGCAGAAAGGAAAAAUUUCAGCGAAACAGACGACCAAUGCUAGUCAUCAAAGCGAGGAAAUUAUCGCCGAAGACUAUGACGAAGAGCCUUAUCCCUACGAUUAUGAGCCGGUCAAAAAGCCAAUGGAAAGUUAUUGGAGCGAACGAUUAAAACGGCGAAUUGUUGAUGGUAGCUCGGCUGGUUAUAAGAAUUGUCCUAACAAGUACAACAUCUUUCAUAAGUGCACAUUAUACUGUGUUAGUACGUACGGUGACGGAAUUGAACCGGAUCGUGAAUAUUUGCGUAGGAAGCGGAAGUUGCUGCAAAAGUAUCCGCUACCCAAAGAAUGGAAAGAAGUUUUCGACAGCGGCUUCGGAGUACAUUAUUACUGGCACACAAAAACCGACACAGUUUCGUGGCUACCACCCAGUCACCCCAAAGCAACGCCAUCAAAAAGUGCGGCUUUCCUCCGCAAAGAACUGGAGGCCUCAUUAUUACCCGAAACCGAAGAACCGACAGAAGACAUUGAUGCCAUAAUUUCUGGUGAAAACGAAAAAGAGAGCGUAAUGCUCACCUCUCCGUCAGUAGAAGCAGCAAAAUUGGUCGAGCCACUUCCGAUGAAGCCGCCUGCAGUGGUAAAGAAACCCAAGGGACGUGAUCUGGACAAAGUAAUUCGUUCACGUAGCGAACGUCGUCAACGAUCCGAAUUGAUACGUGAAUCCGGUUCUUUGGAUCCGAUGGAUCCAGCUGCGUAUUCAGAUAUACCGAGAGGCAAUUGGUCAGCGGGGUUGCAGCAGGAGAACAAAAAAACAGGAGCCGAUACGACAGCAUCGGGAGCACUGUAUCAAAUGCGGCCGUAUCCCAGUCCCUCUGCUGUUUUGCAGGCUAAUAAAGCCAGUAAGAAAGAAGGCAAUGAGAGUAACAGUGAUGAAGAAGAUGAUUAGGCCCACUGGGUACAAUGAAUCGAAAUAAAGAAUUUGAUGCUCCCGGAAUCAAGAAAAGAA